CGAAGAUCUAUAAACCUCGAUUAGGCUUCUAUCACAUACUCCGCGAAUCCAUACGAAAUAAUGACUACCCCACCGCUCACAGAAGAGCUUGUGUACCUUACCCUCCAAGGUGUUUUCGUUGGGGAACACUUGCAGCUCCGUCAGACAAAGUCUAUCCGUAAAGCCAUUAUAAAGCACCAUUUUAACCCCGAAAUCAGAGCUCUUACGCUGAAGUAUAACAUACAUACUAUCAGCACCAUGGCGAAGACCUUAUUGGAAGACCAGAUCUUUGCUUCGAAGACGGCAGCAAAAGCACGCUUUCCUGACGUCUUCGAAGGCCCCUCUAGCCAACAUACGCAGUCAACUACUUCUGGAUCCGGAAUUUCAACGAGCAGCGCAGCAGCUAUACAGUCAGCGAUCCCUGAGCCUCAUGCUACAACGAGCGGCGCUGCGACUGUACAACGUGUAGGUGCAUACAGUCCAGCACAGCUGCUGGGUAUUGGGGAAAAAAUGAAGUUGAAGAAAGGAAAGAAGAAAUUGGAGACUGUGGGCUCUCAGUAUCUGGAAUUCGACUCCAUAUCCUUACCACUCUGGGAUCAGCACAGGAUCCUCGUCAGAGUUCAAUACACGCUUGAGAAAGCCUGCUACGACUUCGCGCAGAAACAGCUAAGCGGCCUUUUGGAGAGAGAAGGCUGGGAUUGCGCAGAAGCAGUUGAACUCAACCAAUGGGCUAGAACAUUGCUCAUUUACCACCAGGAACUGAAUCUUGAUGACUUCAAAGAUACUGCACAGCCUUUGCCUAGUCUCAUGGAAUUGAUCGUCCAGCUCCGCCAUGACGCUGUUCACCGCAUUCGCCUGUCAUCAAGUGCUCUAUUGCAACAUCUCGCUAACGCUGAACUUCUGGCUCGGCUGCUACGAGACGAUACUUGCAGCAGAUCCAUGUCUACUAUACGACAGAAAACUCAAGAAGCUAUCGAGAGACUGGUGCGCAACAAACAGUUGCUCGACGACGAAUUGGCCGAUAUCAAGAGGGAGUUUGCAGCAAAGAGAGCCGAGUUGGAUCGUCAAGAAGCUGCGUUACUAGAGGCUGCGGCGAGAGAGCACAAAGAACCCGCAGUUUCUGUGAGCGGAAGCUUUGAUCGAGUAUUGGUAUCAGAUGACAUUAAUGGCAUCGAUGAGAAAACGGACUCGGCAUGGAGUCGUGUAUAUGACGACGUUCUACCUGACAGCGCGUCUUCUAGAUCCGAAGGUAUGCCCGAGCCUGCAGUGGGACGAAUGGUGGAAGAAGAUGCUAUCAAUGCGACGGAUAAAGAUGUGGAGAUGAACGACUCAGCACUCAUGGCUCCUGUAACCCCACUACCAUUCAGCGAUAAUCUGGUCGAAUCAAUCAACUAUCACGAGCAAGACCAAGCUGAGAAAGAUAGAGACCAAGCUCUGUCCAUAGCGGCGCCGUCUUUGAAGCAUGGGGGGAAAGAGCUUGACGACAAUGAAAGUGGCCCGAAGCAUCUUUCAAAGAUUCUGUCUUCCAAUCCCGACGAACCCGAACCGGACAAGACCACAACAGUCAUCCUGGAAGGAUCGGACACAGGUGGCAACCGUCAAGAGACAGCAGCACAACUCGAGUCGAAUGGGUCAGGUUGCGAAGAUUCCGGCGAAGUAGUUCUCUGUGAACGGAGCAUCAGUCCCGUUGAUGCGACUGUACCUGAGGCUGCAGACGACGCCAACAGCAAGCGCCCUGAUUCACCUAUGGGCGACGAAAUGCCAGUCGAGAAAGAUGGCGCGGAUGUUCAAGCGACACAAACUCAGACUCCUCCUACACAAGAAGAAUUGGAGCUCAUGUUGACAGAAUUAAAUUCAGAAAUCAUGUCGUCAGAAGUUCGCAACAAGGAAUUCGGUAAGGCGGAUCCAAGCAAAAUCUGGCCCUCCACCAACGAUGAAUAUAUGGGAUUGUACAGGGUAUUAGGGGAUAUUGAGGACCGUCAAAGAGGCUAGUUGGUAUUUUCAAGACGACUGGCGAAUGUCAAAAAAUUGACCGAGGAGGUACAUCAGUCAAGCUUUUUACAGUAUUGUUUGUGUAAGGAGGAAUCAAGCGAUCACUAACAGCAUUCAAUGACCCUCCCAUUACAUUCAAGGGAAAGUCUAGACACCUCCGC